CAUAGGGCACUAUUGAACAUUCGGUUUACGUUUUUCGGUGUGUUUUCUGUAUAGUGUACCACGACGACGACGACGACGACGGAGAGGAAUAUGAUGGCAUGGUAUGGUUUUGCUAUAUAUUGUGCGAUCCGACAAUAACAACGUUUUUCGGAGUUGUUUGUAUAUACACGAUAUAUCCGAACCGAUAUAGAUGGAUCUAUAUGCGCGCUACACUGGUAAAAUCAUAUUUUCUCUAUGUGUGUCUUGAAUGGGGGAACCGGUGGCCAGUGCUGGUGAUAUAACGUAUUUUGUUAGACCAUCAUAUUAGAUGCAAACGGACUGUCGCGAAGUAAGGACGUUGCGACGACGUCGGGUUGUGUGUUCCGUCUUUUUAUAAUAAUUCGAAAGAAAAGAAGAAAAAAAAAAUUAUUUUGAAAAGGAAACGAACUAUCUUCUCGUGUGUUUUGUUGGUGAUAUAUGGAAACAGAAAAAUUUUCUUCCUUGUGCUCCGGUGGUUUGGUUGUUUUUCGCCUUUUUCUUGUGAAUUCGGUUUUUGAGUUGUGGGUGCAAAAUGUGGAAAUGAAUUUCGAUGUGGGAAAUUUGUGUUUUGAGAACUGACGGUUAAAUUAGUUUGAUGGAAUAACAGUAAGCUGAAUGCUUAUUGGAACUGAUCGAUGGACAGUGAUAAUAAAGAAGAUUUAUGCAAAUUAUUGGGACCCGGAUAAAUGGUCAAGUUGGACAGUGGUCAGUAAAAAUAAAAAUUUAACCAAAAAGAAAAGGAAAAAUUUUGAAUUGAAAGACGUGGAAGUAAAAAGCCGAAAAAAAUAAAUUUUCCGAACAGAAUAAACGGGACGGUUGUUAGGAGAAAUUUAAUUUUUAUUUAUUUGUUAUCGACCAAUUUUUACCGAAACAACAAACAAAAAAAUUGAAAAGAAACGAAAGCACACACACAAAAAAGUUGCUAAGGGAAAUUCUAAUCGUAUGAUAAGUUUGUUGUUGAACGGUAAACAACCCGUGUGUUUUCUGGAGUGAAACAAAUGAAUUUUAUCGAUAACUCAAAUUCUUUUUCGUUUUCCUAAUUUGCUCAAUAAUUUUUUAAAUUAAACAAAAAAAAACAUUGAACGGUAAGAGUGAACGUGUCGUUCAGCGGGACGAGUGAAAGUUAGUGAGAGAGUAAAAAAAAGGAUAUUUGAAUUUCGAAAAAAAUUUCGUUUUUUGGGAAAUACCAAGUGGAAGAGAAACUGUUUGAGGUGGCGUGAAAAACAAAUACAUCAAAAUGAGAAUUAAAAUGCCCGCGGUUCGGAUUGCUCAAGCAGAUUCUGAUACAACCGAACAACCAGAAGUGACACAGGAUAUACUAACAUGCGGGUCAUGUCAAAAAACAUUUGCAUUAUCGGAUAUCGUAAAAUUUAUACAACACAAAGUGUUACAGUGCAACAAAGAAAAUUAUGGACAAUGUUUUUCACAAGCUGGUUCAAGUGAACGAGAUCCAGAUGAUGGUCGGCCAUUGGGACUAGUGAACCGACGACCGUCGAUAUCAGCUCCAAUAUCAGCUAGAAAGCCUUCGGGGUCAAGGGUUCAUUCACCACUACCAACAAGUCCGUCAGAGCUGUUAAUUGGCGAUGGCGCUUCCAGUACACCAAAACGAUUAGCUGAUGAAGAGGAUAGCUCAACCAAACGACCAUCCAGUGCUAGUCCGUUAGGCAGUAGUUUAGAUGAGGAAAAUCGACGAAAUCUUCAAAUCAAACAGGAACGACUGGAACUAAGUUCUAGUCACGAAGAAGCCAGCUCAAUAUCUAGCGGUCAGCCACUGAAGCGAUCACGAACCGACGUAACCGAUGCCGAAUCAAAUACAAUAAACAGCGAACCCACAAACUACGUCUGUUCCACGUGUAAAACGCGUCUCUAUUCAGCCUGGCGAUUAGUUGAGCAUGUUCAACACGCUCAUGGUGUUAAGAUCUACAUCGAAUCGAACAGUAACGCAGCUACUGGACAACCACAGAAUCAAGCCCUGACCGAUUUAAGUGGCAGCUCCACAUGCUCGUCGACUAGUUCGUCGGUCAGUUCUAGCCAAAUAUCUCAGCAAUUGAACAUACCAACGUCAUUGCAUCAACAAGUGCAACAGAUUCAACAACAGCAGAUGCAGCUUUCUCAACAGAAACAGCAGCAGCAGCAGCAACAACAACAGCAACAAUCUCAGCAACAGCAGCAACAACAAUCUCAAUCGCAACUUCAAUCGAACCAAAUCAAUCCCAAUUUACCGCACGGUCUUCGACAUCAUCCAAUGCUUCCGCCACCAGACAUGCACGGCAAUCCAUUCGGUUUACUUCGAUUGCCAUUACCACCGCCACCCGUAGCACCGUUAUUUUCGCGUCAACAUCACGAUUUCCGCAUGGAACAGCUAGUGUCCGAACAGUUUCGACAUCAUGGCCUUAAUUUAGCUGCAGCUGCCGUUGCUGCAGCAAAUUCGCUCACUCCGCAUUCGCAAACGUUUCCGAACAGUCAGUCACCAUCCGACCGAACAUCGGCACCACGUAACAUAACGAACAUGCCACCGUCCACGCAAAGUUUGCGCAUCGAGCCACAGAUGGAUUUUUACUCGCAGCGAUUGCGACAGCUUGCCGGAACAACUAGCCCGGGAGGAAGGGUUGGUACAACGAGCUCGCCGAGUUCCCGUAAGCAGCAAUCGCCGUCAUUUGCGAGCCCAUCACCUUCACAAUUACCUCCGACGCCACUUACAAGCAAUUCACGUCCGCAAAGCUUAACACCGCCCGAUCAUCAUCAGACCGAUUUGAAUGAUGAGAACGGUGCCAUAACCACAACGCCUCGAUCUGCGUCCACACCGCCGAAUAAGCAUCAUCAUCAUGCAGCGAGUAAUGUUGUUCAUACUUGCGAAUUUUGCGGCAAGAAGUUCAGAUUCCAGGGCAAUUUGCUGGUGCAUCGACGAUCGCACACAGGCGAAAAAACGCUGAAAUGUACGAGCUGUGAUUUUGUGUGUUUCCAAGCGUCGAAGCUGAAGAGCCACUUGAAAAUUCACAGUACGCCCGAAGAUCGACAAAGUAAUGCAGGAUCGGUGGAAACGUGUGACGGUGACGAUUCGCAUGACGAAGAAGAAGAUGCCGAAGCAAUGGACGAGGAGGAAGAAGAGGAAGACGAAGACAUGGAAGAUUGUGAUGAAAUGGAAGAUGAGGCUGAAGAUUUGAGUGUCAGCAGCAAAGGUGAUAAUCGAUUCGUUAUAAAACGGGACAUGCUACUGGGACCGAAUCCACCAGCAUCGUUGGUCGGCGAACUGAUGGACAAAUUUGGACUGUCGAACAUUGCUCAGUAUUCGGAAGCCUACAAACAGGCGCUACAGGAAUCAAAUCACGCUUUAAAGUUUCACCUGACCAGCAAGGAUCGGGACAACAACAACAGCAGUGCUCAUCCACCAUUAAACGAUAAACUGAAUGGUCUGCCAGCUGCCUUACGACUUCGCGAAGAAUUCGCAAAAAAUAUGCUCCAGUCGCAGCAAGCCCAAACGCCAGCACAAGUUCCUCUAUUCAAUCCGUUCGAGAAUCCCUUCGAUCCGUCGAAACGAAUGAAAUUCGACAACAAUGACUGGUGGCUGCCCGGACUCAACCGUGGCGAUCCGCUGUACGAGAGUUUCAAAGCAAAAACGCAAAUAAUUCCCACCUCGUCCGCGAACAUGAUGAAUCCGAUGAAAAAGGAAUCACGACGCAACGACACCUGCGAAUACUGCGGCAAAGUGUUCAAAAACUGUUCCAACCUGACGGUCCAUCGACGCAGUCAUACCGGCGAGAAGCCGUACAAAUGCGAACUGUGUUCGUACGCGUGUGCCCAAAGCAGCAAACUCACCCGACACAUGAAAACACACGGCCGAAUGGGCAAAGACGUGUACCGGUGCCGAUUCUGUGAUAUGCCAUUUAGUGUACCGUCAACGCUGGAAAAGCAUAUGCGAAAGUGUGUGGUCAGCCAGGGCAAAAUAAUGCCCACUAAUUUCACCAUGCCACCGAUGCCGAUGAUCGGCAGCAGUACGGACGAUGAGACACAUUCCAGUAAUCCACCAUCGUUACAGCAACCAACAUCGCAAUGUCCUCAAUUGAUUAAGAAAGAGGAAACCGCAUGACUUUAUCCUCAUUGGGGUGGCAUUCCGGUGCCACCGACCAACCGGAUGAUGUCGACGACAUUUUAACUAGAUUUUAUGGUUUUAAAUUAAAUGGAAAACGGAAGGAAGAAGAAGACGGAAAAUGUGAACCUAGUCGGACAAAUGAGUGAAAACUCGAAUGUGACGGUGGAUUUGUUUAGGCCGAAACAGAGCGCAGAGAGUGCAGAAUGAUACGGCGAGAGUAAGUGAGGAGAAAUAAAUUAUUAUUAUUAAAUAGAAAACAAGGCAUCGUAUACUUGAAAACUUGAGGCAUUAAUACCAAAGUUAAAGUAAAAGUGAAAAAAAAAGAAUUAAAAAAAAGAAAAGAAUUUUUAACAAUAAGAGAAUCCUGUGUACAUAUAAAAGCUGUGUAAAAAUAGAGAUAAAAUUUAAAGAGAAGACAAACAAUUUAAUCGAUUCCCCAUGGAACACGUGUAAACUAAAUUUAAUAAUUUAAAAACAAGAGAAAGAUGAGAAAUUAUUUAAGUUUAAACUUAAGACGGAAGAGAGUGGUGUAGUUUUAUUGAACACUUAAAUAGUUGAAUUACGUUAGCAAUUUUUCUGUUAUUAAUUUUUAAUUAUUUUUUUUUCUUUUUUAUUAAUAAAAUUGUCGGAAAAACAUCAAAAAAGAAGCAAACAAAUUUCGUUUUUGUGCGAGGUGCGAGGGGCGGAUAAACUAGAAAAUUCUCUGUCAACCGAAA